CUCAAACACAAUUAUACCACUUUCAAACAACGUUCUCAUCUCGUUCGCAGGUCAAGAUAGGUAGCGUCUGAAGUGCACUAAAUCAUAAGACGAAAGUGAGAGACCCAACCUGUCCGAAACUUCAACGUCCAAGAUUCACAACGCUACAGUAACGCACCGCAGGGGCAAAAUAGCGGCAUCGUUGGACGGUGGUUGUGGUGUCGUGUCUUGGAAAAGGGACGGUGAAGACGCCAACGACUCGGGCCGCACAAGUUAAGAUGGAUGCCCCUGAGCAGGACUGGGACAUUAAAUUACAGAAAGUCUCGAGCGACUUGAUUGCCGACUUUGGUCGCUCUUUGCCCGGCUUUCUCAGGAAACCCAACGGGAAACUCCGCUCGCGUGUCCGAACAGGGGAGACGACGAGGUUGACAUCUACUCUCCUUGACCCUUUCCAAGAGCUUCCCCAGCUGCUUGACCCGCAUCUCCCCCGAUGGCUGCCCCUCCUGGCCUCAUCAUAUCUAGAGCACUUGUAUUCCCAGGGCCACCGACGAACGAGACUCUCCCGCGUCUCGACGGCACGCUCACAGCUUCUCGAGACUCUCCCCGCCGCCAUCUGCAAGCUGCUCUACACGUUGGCCAAGGUUCGUGGCCCGGCAGUCAUCCUCCGCUUCCUCCCCGUCGAAGCCCGCCAUCUCGAGCCCCUACUCCUUGCCCUGGAAUCUGCCGAACGCAGCGCCUCGCAGCCAUCAUCCAUCACGUCUGCCACGACGCCCGACUCUCCACACUCUCCGCAUCCCCAGUCCGAUGAGGUCAAUGGGGUCAACUCAUCACAACGGGAGUGGGUGUGGCAGGAGCGCUACAUCGUCCUUUUGUGGUUGUCGCACUUGCUCCUGGCACCCUUCGACCUGGCCUCCAUCUCGUCUGCCGAGAACAACCCCGAAGACGCAGCCAUUCCAUCUCUCCCAGGCUUCCGCUGGCCCGAGCAGCUUCCGGGGAUCGCCGUUCGAGUCCUGCCCCUGGCCGUCAAGUACCUGGCAUCGCCGGGCAAGGAACGGGAUGGCGCCCGUGAUUUACUCGUCCGGAUGGCUAUGAGGAGAGACAUGCAGCAGCUCGGCGUUCUCGACGCUUUAGUAAACUGGGCUCUCGUCUCGUUACGACCCCAGAAGGCCGAGGGCCCUUCGGAACAGCCCUACUUUUACAUCGGCGUCCUGUCCUUCCUUGCUAGCUUGCUGAAGUCCUCCGUCGACACAUCCGACAUGGACAAGCACCUCUUGGCUGUCUUCAACGCCGUGUACGCAAUCUCGGCGGAAGAGAGCCCUCUAGCUGUCGCCAUCCGGUCGUAUGCCGUUGCCCGCAAGAUGGUAAUCAAGGUCAUUCGAUCCGUUGCGACCCUCGUCCUCCGCCAAUCGAGCCGGGACAUGGCCGCCGGCAUGGAGCUGGUGGAGAACUCGAUCAGCUACUUGCUCGAAUGCCUCGCCGACAACGACACCCCCGUGCGCCUCGCGGCCAGUAAAGCGCUGAGCAUAAUCGCCCUCAAGCUCGACCCGGACAUGGCCGAGCAAGUCGUCGAGGCCGUGCUCGAGUCGCUGAACCGGAACGUCCUCUGGGUGAAGAACCCCACAAAACCGGACGCGGCCCCGACGAGGGACCUGGCGGCCGUGGACCCCCUGGAGUGGCACGGCUUGACGCUGACCCUGUCGCAUCUUCUCUACCGAAGGUCCCCGCCGGCGGAGCGGCUUCCCGACAUCAUCCAUGGCCUGCUCCUCGGCCUCUCCUUCGAAAAACGUAGCACGUCGGGGGGUUCCAUCGGCACCAAUGUCCGAGACGCCGCCUGUUUCGGCAUCUGGGCCCUCGCUCGCCGGUACACGACGCAGGAACUCCUGGCGGUCCCCACCAAGUCCGUCGUCGCUGCUAGAGUGCACUCCGCGGAUGCGUCUAUCCUGCAGGUCCUUGCUACCGAGUUGGUUGCUGCAGGGUCGCUCGACUCCUCGGGCAAUAUUCGCCGCGGCGCUUCUGCGGCUUUACAGGAACUCAUCGGAAGGCACCCGGAUACGGUCAAGCAGGCCAUCUGGGUCGUGCAGACCGUGGACUACCACGCCGUCGCCCUCCGCUCCAGGGCGAUACAUGAGGUUGCCCUCGGUACGACCAAGCUGUGGAAUCAGUAUGGUCACGCCCUACUCGACGGAUUGAUGGGCUGGCGAGGAGUGGGCGACCCGGAUGCGGGGGCUCGACGCGUGGCCGCGGCAUCAUUUGGGUCAUUGACGCUUGAGCUUUCCCAAUCUUCGCAGGGGACCGACUCGCUUGAACAGGCUCGUGCUUCCAUCGACAUGGUUCUUCGACGCCUUCGUUCGCUUCAGACUAGGCAGGUCGAAGAACGUCAUGGCUUGCUGCUUUGUAUUUCGUCCAUCCUGGACCGGUUCCCAGAAAUACUAGGUGGACAAUUAGAGGACGGCAUCUCUACCAUGACUGAAGCCACCAUGGUUGGUAGCAUCAUCCAGGAACUGACAGCCAUUCUCCAAGAUUCUAUAGACGCGAAAUACCGCCGACCGGAACUGGUUGUUGAGGCAGCGAACCGACUGAUCGUUUCGUCCGUCCCUGUUCUCCAGGCUGCUUGCAUUGCCAGUGCCUGGCCAACCCUUCCAAACAGGACACUGAAGCCAGGCUCCCAGGUCGUGGCCACAGACAGAACCCAGGAUUUACUGGAUGUUGUCACGGCAGUCGAUUCUCUGGAUUCUAUACCCGCCGCAGUCCAAGGUCUCGUCUCCAAGUUUCAUCCGGUCGUCACUUCAGGCCUGAGCCGUCCCGAGAAGGAAGUAAUUAGCGCUGCUUCCGAGGCGGCCUUGAUUCUCCUGGCCUUCUCGCGGCCGGCAGAACGGGACCAAAUUACCAAGCAAUGGGCCAACACUAUUCGACACAGACCGACAUCACGUACGACACACGAGACCGGUUACUUCUUUGCCCUUACCGCGGCGCACCCCAUUGUUACUAGGCAGUCUCAAGGUAAAAAGAGAUCUGAUGACGACGACGUGACUAGCGGUGCCAUCUUGGCACGGUGGGCUGCCGAUACGGAUAUCGACACACGCGUCGCCAUCCUCCAGAGCUUGUCGCAGAGCGUGGUGCUCCGAGACCAGCCCCUGGUGUUCCUGGACCUGCUGGCCGAGGGCCUGAACGACUACACGACCAAUGCUCGCGGCGACGUGGGCUCGCACGUGCGGCUCGAGGCGCUACGCGCGACGAAACGCAUCUGGCUGUGUCUGGAAACGGCCAUGCGAGAGCAGCAAAGCGACAACCUACGGGUGGCGGUGUCGAAGCUGUUCCUCCGGGUCAUGCGCCUGGCGGCGGAGAAGCUGGACCGCGUUCGCACGGUGGCGCAAGCUGUCCUGGGGCUGACGUUACUACCCAGCCAUGCCUCGACCUUCGUCAAACUGACCUUCUCGUCCCGUGUUUACUUCCACGAGCUACUCUCCCUGUGCACCAAACGGGACGCCAUCCACCCGCUGGUUUCGGAGAUGGCGGCGGAAGAGCCGCAGGCGUGGAUGGCGGAACUGCUAGCCGGCUACGUCACCUCUGCGGAUACGGGGAACGAAGACCUGGUGAUCGCCUCGCGGGCGGCGUUGACGGCGUUUUGCGACGAGGCGCCCGAGCACCUGGAAGCGGUGUGCGCCGGGCUCGUGCACAACCUGGCGGCUCGGCAGGGCCAGGACCGCAUGUUGGUCCCGACGGUCGAGGUGGUUGCGUUUCUAUUCCACGUCGGGCUGUUUGCGCGGUGCAGGACCAUCGAUCUGAAAAGGUUGUGCCUUCUCGUGCAGAAAGCAGGAUAUAAGUCGGGUAGCGUGCGGAAGCUGGAGGCGUGUGUGCGGGUGUAUGGCGGCGUGGCGUCCUUGGAGAAAGCGCAAGAGAGGGAGGCGGAGGGAAUCAGAGAGGCGAGGAAACGUUUGGGGGCAUUACUUCACCAUCCGUGGCCCCGCGUUCGGAGCGUGGUUAUUGAUGAGUUGUGGAUGUUGUUCUGCGAGGGUGAGGACGACGAUACCGCGGCACGGCUGAAGGGGGUGGACUGGGGACGUGCGGAUAAGGGAGCUAUCAAGGGCAUUGUGGCCGAUCUUGGGUUGGCCUAG